UUGAGAAUCUCUGCUUUACCAGGUGGUGCGAGGGCCGGGCGCAGUGAGCGCCGCGCGCCACUGGGUGGCGCUGCCCCCUCGGUCCGGUGCUCGGGGAGGCGCGGGCCGCGUCCGGGUGCGCACCUGCCCCGCCUCCUCCAGGCCGGCCGCGGGGCAUGCAGCCGGUCGGGGGCGGGGCUCCGAGGCCGGGACCCGGCCACCGGCUCUCGGGCAGCCUCCGCCAGCUGGACCCCGCCGCUCUCCUGAUGCUGCUCCUGGACGCCGACCGGCCGGAGACCGUGCGCAGCGGGGCGCGCGAGCUCGCGCUCUUCCUGACCCCCGAGCCCGCCGCCGAGGCAAAGGAGGUGGAGGAGACCAUUGAGGGGAUGCUCCUCAGGCUGGAAGAGUUUUGCAGCCUGACCGACAUGAUCAGGAGCGACACUUCACAGAUCUUGGAGGAAAACAUCCCACUCCUUAAGGCCAAAGUGACAGAAAUGCGUGGCAUCUAUGCCAAAGUGGACCAGCUAGAGGCCUUCGUCAAGAUGGUUGGGCACCACGUCUCCUUCCUGGAGGCCCACGUGCUUCAGGCCGAGCGGGACCACGGGGCCUUCUCGCAGGCUCUGCGGAGGUGGCUGGGCUCCUCGGGGCUGCCCUCCUUCAGGAAUCAGGAUCCCACCUGGGUGUGGCUGGGCAUGCCAGAACCUGCACCCUCUCAUCUCUACCAGACUCGGGGGGGCCCCAGGCCUACCUGUGGUGACCUGUUCCAGGAAGUGUAUCCCAGCCAGCUGUGAUGAGGAAACUGAGGCCCCAAAGAGUCGAAUGGCUUGUUCACCCGGAAGGUGGUGAAGCUGGUAUUCAGAUCUGUGAGGCCUGGGCCCAGGGCCGCUACGCUGCACCUCUUGGGUCACCACUUGGCCCUGCGCCCUUUCUGUGCCCCGCUCUGCCGCUGGAACCUCCAUCUGGGGGGUGGGGUUCUCCUAGAGCGUCAGGAUGGAUUCCCCCAAAGCCAGUCAGCUGGGCUGAAGCCCGUUCCCCUCAGUGUCUGUCUCAGGUGCACACUUCCCUCAGUGAGUCUACAAGAGGCCUCCCUCCUCCCCAGUGUGAGGCCACCCCCGCCAGCCCCAAAUCCAUCUCCCGCCCUCACCCGCCCUCCUCACGACUCUGAGGGCCCCCGAGGGUCCCCGAGGGCCCCGUGGAGUGAAGAGUGGGGCAGAGGUAUUUGGGUCUCACUUGGCCCCGUGGAAAUGGCUGGCAAGGGGUCCUUUCCCUGUGGGAUGAGCCUCCUACCCCUCCGCUGAAAGCCCAGCACCCAUCACUGCCCCCCAUGACCCUUCCGGAGUCAAGGAGGGAUGGCGCCCCCCCCCCACGGGGCCCAGGAGGGAGGGCCCUCUGCUUUCAGCCUGGAGCUGGGCAGGGGCCUUUGGGGGUGUGUUUCCCACCCUUCCUGCCAUACCAUUAGCUGGAGCGGGAUUCCUGGGGAGGGCAGGGGGGCACGGAGAGAAAACCGGUCCUUGUUUUUAUUAACUUGGCCAGCCCCCCCUGCCCUCCGUCCUCCCCUCCUCCCUCUCUCUCCUUCCUCAGUUUGCGUGUGUGUGGGGAGGCCCGACGAGGGUGCAGGGCAGCUGGGCUGCGGUCUCCCAGCGCGUCGGGAGCAGGGCCAGGAAACAGUCCCCCCACCCCUGUGCCCAGCACCAGGGGCCUAGACCUGCCCCCUGCCCGUGUGACUUGUUGCUGGCUCGGCUGGGGCUGGCUGAGGGCGCCCGGGUGUGCCAGCCUGCGGGUACCACCUCCAUCACGAGCCCCUGAACCCCAGGCCUUUUACCUCUGACCCAAGCUGCCAGGGGGCGGGGGGGUGCAGGCAGUCCGUCCACAGACUGAGGGGAGGGCUGACUGGUGCCCCGGGCCUUCCGUGCCCAGGUACAAAAACGUACACGGUCCGUGCUCCGAUUUUAAUGCUAAUGCACGUGUUUCUAUGGUCCACGGUCCUUCUCUUCAUCCUGUGCUACGUGAACGUUUUCCAUUAGACCUUUACGUGGAUUCUUACAGCGUUCCAAGAUUCUGACUUGCGGAUUAUGAAGUGAGCAUCGCGCCUCUCUUCCCCUGUAGCUAAGCCCCAUCUCUGGCAUCGUUUAGCUGCGUGUCCGUGGGCGAGUCGCUGUAAGCCCCAGGCCGCUCAGCUGCUGGUUCGCGGACACGGGCGUGACCACAAAAGCUCUGCUCGCUGGGAAACUGGUUUGGGUUUGAUGUGAAGUGACGAGGGCCUCCACCGAAGCAGUGAGAAUGGAAAGGACGAGGAAGACUGUCCGAAGGAGGGUUCUGUGGGCAUUGGCGGAUCUGCAAAGCCGGCGCUGCCUAUAAAUAAUGGAGCGAUUUAGGACAGACCGCCUCCUCAUCCGGGGCGGGCGCAGGUAUCGUGGGGAUGGUGACACAGAGCCGGCCCUGCAGCGGCGUGCACCAUUCUCCACCUCCCCACGCCGCGCAAGGCUGGAGUGCUGCUUUUAGCCCCAUUGUACAGGUGAGCAAACUAAGGCACAGAGAGGGUAAGUAACCUACCCAAGGUUACACAGCUGGGCAUCAGGAUACGAGCCCACUUUCUUAACUCUGUCCCCUCUUGCCUGCAGAGAACACUGUGAUCUCUUCCCCCAGCACGCUUGUGUCUGGGGGGAAGAGAUCACAGUGACCAACUCCUAAGAAAAUGCGGUAUAUAGUUGCCUCGAAAGGGGACCCCGGCUUGCUCUGAGGGAGUCAAGGAUGGCCUCUGAGGAAGGGCCAUGUAGGCUGGGGCCUGGAUGGGGAGUAAGUCAGUCUGAAGACAGGAGAAAGGGUGCUCCUGGCAGAAGGCACCGUGGGCCCAAAGGCCUCAGAAGGGGCCACACGCAGUGCUGAGCCACGGUCAGAAGUGCGGUGUGGGUCGGCUGAAUGGACAAAGCAGGGAGUUGGGGGACAUGAGGUUAGGGACAGAUUAGACAGGGUCUCAGGCCACAGAGAGGAGUUUAACAUUAUUCUGAGGGCAAUGGGGAGCCAUGGAAGGCUUCACAGCAGGGGAGUGGCAUGGUAAGCCUGCUUCACUUGGAGAACUACCAGGGCUCCUCCUCUGCCCUGAGCAAGGGCUGGCAUCCAGGGUCAGCACUGCCUUGUUGAGACCUGGAUGUGAGAAUUGAGUGGGGCGAAGGGUACCCUCCGAGCUCUCGGCUUCAGUUGGUAGGGGGGAGCGUCCUCAGCCUAGAGAUGUCACACGUGGUGCCCUGAG